UCUUGUCAAAUCAGACUCACCCUACGACAACGCUGCAUCACUGUGAGGGACUAUAAGAAGAGUGAGUCCUACAGGAAGUCACUAUCCAGCCCGAAUUCUCCUGCAUCACACGUCUUCUCCUCUCAGCAGCCAUGAAAUUCUCCCUCAUUGUAGCGGCUGCCAUGCUCGCUCUGGCACAAGCUGCUCCCAGCCUUGACGGGAUACAGCUUCACCUGAAGCAGAUCGGAGACAAGAUGGUGGAGGCACUGACUGAGAUUACCCAGAACAACAACCUGACGGACCAGGCUUACACCUUGGGGCAGGGUAGCAAAACCCAGCUGGAACCUGUGGUCACUAAGAUUGAGGAGCAGCUGAGGACUGUUGCCACUCACAUGAAGGAGCAGAUCCAGCCCCUGGCUGCCAACCUGCAGACUGACAUCGAGUCUCACAUGGGUAACUUCCAGAGGCAGAUGGAGGCCAUCAUCCAGCAGCUGACAGGCCUGACCAAGGCCACUGACGACUAAACUAACGGUCUUUCCAAAAGAUGCAACAGCCUAACAUGUUUAGGUAUACUGUUGAUAUUGUCCUCUCUGUCCCAAAGCACAACUAAAGUUUGAAACACAA